AUGGCAGAACAGUUAGAGAGCCGUGUUCUGGGGAUCGAGCAGGGGCAGGAAGAGCUGAGCAAUCAAAUAAAGAAGAUAUUGGACCUAUUGCUGAACAAAGGGAAGACAGUCCAAGAUCAGGAUCAUGAAGAAGAAAAUGACCCUAUCCACCCGCCCGGUUUUACGCCAAUUCAGGGGCAAUCUUCUGGUCCGCCCCCAUUCACCUCAGAGAAACCGCCGCAUGGCACGCCACCUUUUAUCCCAGCAGUGACAGGAAUAGGGAUGCCCUCAUCAGCGGUUGCGGGUGUAGGGACAAGCAAGACUGUGACGGAAUACCGUUGUGACGAAUUGGAAGAACGGCUAAGGGCCAUAGAGGGGACUCGGACCACCAGUACCGCCAGACCCUCAGAUUACUGCCUAGUCCCUAAUGUAGUCAUUCCUCCAAAGUUUAAGAUGCCAGACUUCGAGAAGUUUGACGGGACCACAUGCCCUCAGACCCACCUCCGGAUGUAUUGUCAGUCGAUGGCCGCCUAUACCGAUAAUGAGAAGUUGAUGAUGCAUUGCUUUCAAAGCAGUCUUACCGGGACAGCGGCUAGAUGGUAUGUCCAACAGAAUAAGGCCCAGAUCCGCACGUGGGGUGACUUGGCCGAUGCCUUUGAAGCGCAAUAUCGUCAUAUCUUGGAAAUGGCUCCAGACAGGAUGUUUCUUUCUGAAAUGGAAAAAAAGCCAACAGAAACUUUCAGGGAGUAUGCACACCGUUAG